AUGUACAAUGAAGAUGAGAUGCACUUUACACGCACCAUGCACGGUGUCAUGAGAAACAUUGCGCACUUUUGCUCUCGCAGCAAGUCCAGAGUGUGGGGAAAAGACGGGUGGCAGAAGAUUGUUGUCUGUAUCGUGGCCGAUGGACGCAAGAAAGUUCACCCUAGAGUUCUUGAUGCGUUGGCUGCCAUGGGAGUUUACCAGGAUGGUAUUGCAAAGAAUUCCGUUAAUGGCCGUGAGGUUAAGGCGCACGUUUACGAAUACACGACUCAGGUCUCCCUGGACUCUGAUUUGAAGUUUAAGGGUGCUGAAAAGGGUAUUGUUCCUGUUCAGAUGAUUUUCUGUCUGAAGGAACUGAACGCCAAAAAACUCAAUUCUCAUAGAUGGUUUUUCAACGCUUUUGGUGCUACGCUUAAUCCUAAUGUCUGUAUCUUGCUUGAUGUUGGGACAAGACCUGGGCACGAUAGUUUGUACCAUCUUUGGAAGGCGUUCGAUACGGACUCCAAUGUCGGUGGUGCUUGUGGUGAGAUUAAAGCGAUGAAAGGAAAGGGGUGGAUGGGAUUACUUAACCCACUUGUUGCUAGUCAGAACUUUGAGUACAAGAUGUCGAACAUUCUCGAUAAGCCAUUGGAGAGUGUUUUCGGAUACAUUACUGUGCUCCCUGGAGCUUUGUCCGCCUACCGUUACCACGCCCUGCAAAACGAUGAGAGUGGGCAUGGUCCACUGAGUCAAUACUUCAAGGGAGAGACACUUCAGGGCAAGGAUGCCGAUGUCUUCACCGCCAACAUGUAUCUUGCUGAGGAUCGUAUCCUGUGCUGGGAGCUCGUGGCCAAGAGGAAUGAGCGAUGGGUCUUGAAAUAUGUCCGAAGUGCGACUGGAGAGACUGACGUUCCGGAUGCAGUUCCAGAAUUUGUUAGCCAGCGUAGAAGAUGGCUUAACGGAGCAUUCUUCGCAGCAACCUUCUCGCUGGCGCAUUUCAAACAGAUCUGGGUCACGGAUCACACAAUUAUACGCAAGGUGCUGUUGCACAUUGAGUUCGUUUAUCAGUUUUUCAGUUUGUUGUUUACAUUUUUCUCAUUGGCAAAUUUCUAUCUUACGUUUUAUUUCAUUGCAGGCAGUCUUUCGGAUCCAGAGAUGGACCCGUUCGGUAAGGGAUGGGGUGGUAGGAUAUUCACAGUCUUGAGGUUUAUGUGUGUGCUCUUAAUUUGCACACAAUUUAUCUUGUGUAUGGGCAAUCGUCCGCAGGGAGCCAAGCGAAUGUUCAUGUCUUCUAUGAUUGCGUACUCGGUUAUCAUGGCUUACACUACUUUCUGUUCAUUCUAUAUUGUUAUCAAGUCCUUCUCCGGCGGCUUUGGUGACCAGAAAACGGAGAUCAAGCUCGACGAUAAUAUCUUCACUAAUUUGAUUGUCAGCACGGGAAGCACAAUUGGUGUCUAUUUUUUGAUGAGCUUCCUCUACCUCGACCCUUGGCAUAUGUUUACGUCCGCACUCCAAUACUUUAUGAUGUUGCCGAGUUAUAUUUGCACUCUCCAGGUCUACGCGUUCUGCAACACUCACGAUGUUUCAUGGGGCACCAAGGGAGAUAAUACAGUUUCCGUGGAUCUUGGAGCGGCCGUUGGAUCAAAAGGCGACACCGUCGAAUUGGAAAUGCCAUCUGAACAACUCGAUAUCGAUUCCGGAUACGACGACGCGUUGCGCAAUCUCAGGGAUCGAUUGGAGGUUUUGAAGGAACCUAUGACAGAGAUUCAGAUCAAGGAAGAUUACUACAGGGCCGUGAGAACCUAUGUCGUCGUCGUAUGGAUGGUUGCCAAUGCAAUCCUAGCAAUGAUCGUCACGGAGGUUUAUGGCCUUAGUGGUAUUGGUAACAACUUUUAUCUCAAAAUCCUCCUCUGGUCUGUCGCUGCCCUGGCUGUCUUCAGAGCCCUGGGAUCGAGCGCCUACUUGGUGCUCCGGGCAAUCCACUCCUUCGUUGAAGGCCGCGUGAAGCUGGAUCUGAAGACCUUCACGGAUACAUUCCAGCCACCAUGGAAGAGAAAACUCAGAUUGGCCGGCGUGAGUCAGAGUAAUCUUGGGAGGCCGUAG